AUGGUAGAGUUUGCCAUCAACAACUCGGUGCAUGCGUCCACGACACAUACACCGUUUCACGUGAAUGGCUUGCGCCAUCCGCGUGUACCCACCUUACUAGAGUGUAGCUCUGGUUUAAGGGGGGGAGGGACUCGCGCGAGCAAAAACCGAUUUGGUUCACGCUCGUCACGCUCUGACGAAGAAGUCAUUGCGUUUGAUGCCGAUAUCGAUAACAUCGAUAUUGAAGAAGAUGAUGCCAGUGAGAGUGCGGAAGCCCUCACUGAAGAAGAUGAUCCCAGUGAGAGUGCGGAAGCCCUCACUGAAGAAAAGAUGAGUUCAUACUGGCUCGUGAAACGGUAG